AUGGCGCAGAACGUCGUCGCGCUUCUUGUCUUCGCGCUCGCGGUCGCUGUGCUGGGCCAGAGCAGCACGGGCAUCGCCACGACGUACGGUGGGCCCGAAGGGUCGCCGCCGGGCGACGGCAACUGCAACCUCAUGGACUGGCUGCCCAUGUCCACGAACGGCUACCACGUCGCGAUCAACACGGUGCAGUGGGCGCUCGGCAAGCACUGCGGCCGCUGCGUCCAAAUCCAGUGCGUCGACGCUGGCUGCACCAAAAAUACGGUGGCCGUCGCGCAGAUCACGGACCACUGCCCCGGCUGCGAGAACGGCGACCUCGACAUGGCCCUGCCCGUGUUCCAGGCGACCACGGGCCAUACGACGGGUCGCUGGAAGGUCCAGUGGAGCUUCGUCGAUUGCCCCGUCCAAGGCGGCGUCAAGAUCUGCGCCAAGGUCGGCAGUUCUCAGUGGUGGCUUGCGGUCCAGCCGACCAACACGGUCAACGGCGUCGCCAGCAUGUCGGUCAAUGGCCCGACCUGCCCGCUCUUUGGCGGCACGGCAUACUACUUCCAGGCGCAGCAGACCGCGCCGCUCGGGUCGACGCAGAUCAGCAUGACGUCGUUCUCGGGUGACAUGAUCACAGCCAACGUCGCGCUCCAGCCCGGCCAGUGCACGCAGCUCUCCCAGCAGUUCAAGACGGGCGGCGCCUCGCCUGCCAACCCGCAACCUCAGCCGCAACCCCAGCCGCAGCCAGCGCCGCAGCCGGCGCCGGCGUCCGUGCCAGUAGCCCCCUUGUCCAUCGCGUCGCGCUUGCAGCUGCCGCUGACGCUGACGACGUCGUCGAGCAAAGGCAUCUUGGAGUACUACUCUGGUAUCUACAUGGGCGACAACACGUACUCGGCCAACUUUGUCUGGACGUACAACGCCGGGACGCAGCAGCUGCAGAGCCGCAGCGCGCCCAACCAGUGCCUCGACGCGUACCGGGGUGGCGACGGCAACAUGUACUUGCACACGUGGACCUGCGACGAGAGCAACAGCAACCAAAAGUGGAUCGUCUCUGGCUCCAGCGUCAAGCACGCGACGCACAACAACCUGUGCAUGGACGCGAACCCGUCAGCGGCCAACAACGCCGUCCAGGUCUGGCCCUGCGUCCUUGGCAACAGCAACCAGAUGAUCGCGGUCGCCUCCGUCAUGCUGCACGUUGGCAUCUCGAUGCGCAGCCAGAACGUGGUCUUUGCCGCCAACCAAGACUCGAGCGUGAGCUUUCGGCCGCCGAGCCCGUCGUUCAACGCGCUCGCGAGCGACCAAGGCGCGCUCUGGACCUUUGACCACGUGCAGAACACCAUCAAGUCGGAGCUCACGGGGCUCUGUCUCGACGCGUAUCGCGGCUCGAACGGCGCGCCCGUCCACACCUACUCGUGCAGUCUCUCCAACGGCAACCAGCAGUGGCAGUACGACCCGUCGAGCAAGGCCAUCAAGCACAUGAUCCACAAAGGCUUCUGCCUCGACAUGGACCUCGGGUCCAAGAAGGCCCAGCUGUGGCAGUGUAGUGGCGGCGCGUCCCAGCAAUUUGGCUAUGAAAAGUAA